AAAAUACCGUUAGGCGCCGAGAUUAAACUUUAUAUAGUUUUACGUCUACUGCACACGCCUAUUUUUCGUAUUUUUAUUUCGUUUAAAUUUAUUUAAAAGAUUAAAAUAUGCCUCUUUUUAGUGGACGCUGUUAUAGCACCGUUAAAUUAAUUGGGAAGACGGCUAUUAUAACAGGGUGUAAUACUGGUAUUGGUAAAGAAACAGCUAAAGAUUUUUACAAAAGAGGGGCUCGGGUAAUUAUGGCUUGUAGGAACCUUGAUAAGGCUGAAGAGGCAAAAAAAGAUAUUGAAGAAUCUUGUAAAGAGUUCAAGGAGACAGGAAAACUAGUUGUGCAGCAAUGUGAUCUUUCCUCACUGCAAUCAGUGAGAGAUUUCUCACAAAAAGUGAUUGAAAGCGAACCACAGAUAAAUAUAUUAGUGAACAAUGCUGGUAUAAUGAUGUGUCCAAAGGGAACAACUGAGGAUGGCUUUGAAAUGCAGUUUGGAACAAAUCACUUGUCUCAUUUUUUAUUAACAAUGUUAUUACUACCAAGAAUAAUAAACAGUCAACCGGCCAGAAUUGUUACAGUAUCAUCUAAAGCACAUAUAAGAUAUGAUAUGAAUUUUGAGGAUCUAAAUUACUCACAAAGAAAUUAUAACGCAGCUGAGGCAUAUUCACAAAGUAAAUUGGCAAAUGUUUUAUUUUCAAGGGAGUUGGCAGCUAAAUUGAAGGAGCAUAAUAUACAGGGUGUUAAUACAUACAGCCUGCAUCCCGGUGUGAUAAAAACGGAGUUAGGCAGGCAUUUGGACGAGUUAUUGUUCAGAGGGGCUCGCAGAAUUAUCGGUUUCAUUAUGAAUCCAUUUAUGAAGACGCCAGAGCUCGGGGCUCAGACUACCAUAUAUUGUGCUGUUGAUGAAAAAUGUGCCAAUGAAACUGGACUAUAUUACAGCGACUGUGCAGUGGUACAGCCCAACCGAAAGGCGCUCAAUGACGAAUAUGCUAAGAAAUUGUGGGAAAAAUCAAUUGAGCUGGUGAAACUCAAUUUUAAUCCUUUUACAGCUUCAGUUAACACGAAUUAAAAGAGAUAUCAAGAAAGCGUACAAAUGGUGGAAAGCGACUUUCUUGUACCUAAUAUUAAUUUAUGUAGAGAUACAUAUACUGUUCUGACACUCAACCCUCUGACUUAGCGAAAACUAUGACUCAUGUCAAAAUUUUAACUUACUUGUCACUGUGAAAAACGUGUUGGAUUUUGACAUUGGCGCUUUUAUACUCAUUUUAUUAUUGUACUCUUAGACUAACGCAUUGUGACAUUCAGGAGUCAUAGUUGGUGCUUUCUACUGAUAGAUAGAUAGACUACUAUAGUCGUAUUUUUAAUUAGACGAAGCCAACUGACAGUAGCUAAUGUCACUUUGUAAAAUAAUGUUGUCAUAUUUAAAGUAAUAGUGAUGCGUUCAGUUC